ACCAAAACGCCAACUGAAACUGAACCAACACCGACACACAUUUAAACCUGUCAUUCUCUAUAAAUUAAAAAAAAAAAAAUCAUAAUUAACAGGACAAAAUACAACGUCCAACGUUUUCCUGGUCGUCUAUAUGUGCUAUAGCCGAGGCUAUUUUGUUAGAAUUGUCAGGGAGCUUGUAUCUGACAGUUGUAUUCUAAUUAUUCGACAGGGUAAUUCAAGCCCAUCAGCCUUGUUCCUGCACGGUGCAUCUGCGGGAGGCGAAGAGAAGCAGACCAAAUGAAACAUCACGAGUCCAGUCGGUCACAGCAUCAGUCCAGUUCGCUUUAAGAUGCCGGGUCAACUCGACAGCUCGAAGACCAGAAAGAGGAAGAGCAGCUCUGAUGUCAAAAGCUCCAGAAAGGCUCCUGCUGCCAGGAGGAGAUGUCUGAAAAGUCCAAAGACGCCCUCGGCAACAGAGAGCAGCUCAUUGGUCGGCGGUCACAGCAGAGCAGCCGGCCCCCCGAAGAGACACUCUCGCAUCAGCUGCGAGUGCCACCAGCAGUCUGCGGGCGGGCGGAGAUGCUCGGCGUCGCCGGAGCUUCGCGGGCAGGAGGGCAAAGAGAACGAGCUGAGGGCGGGGCCGGACGCGGAUGGCUGCCGAGCAAACGGCCUCCUGGACAAACGGGAGAGCGAGGAGAUGGAUUGUGAAGAAACGGGAAAAGACGUCUACCCCGACGACGACAGCAACCAGAUCCUGCCCGUAGAGCAGUUCUUUGGAAACCUGGACGUUGUACAGGACUUUCCUCAAGGAUCGUCAUUGGCCACUUCCGGCCCUGUCCACAGGGAGAACAGGAGGCGACAUUACUACGCACGGGACGACAGCGACGAGGAGGAGGUGGGCUUCGGCGGGACGCCAGAGGAGGCGGCGCUUAGUAAUGAGUAACUGCACCGACGACUGGUGGUGGACUCAAAAGAGUUGUCUGAGGAAGGACGUUAAACCUCUCUGCACUUAGGGGAAAAAGCCGCCAAAUGACACUGAUCUGUUCAGACGCUGCAGCCAAUCCGAUCCUCGUCACAUCACACGGGGAGAUUCGCCCUGAACCUGCGUCUGUCACAGCGCGCUGAAGUGAUUUACAGCAGCUCCAAAGAGUUGCUUCUGGCAGUAACAUUUGAAACGUCCAACGUUGACUCGCACAAGAAGUGUCAAAUUGUUUUCUACCAAUAAUAUUUGGGCUGAUACCUUAUUAUUUUGAUUUAAUUUUCAGUAAAAUACAUUACAGUAGUACUUUUAUUUAGGCUCUUACCAGCCCUGGUUCUUUGGAGGGUGUGUCGACAGCACUUAAAACAAAUCAGUCCAUGAAACAUUUAAGUUAACAUUUAGCCUUAUCGAAUACAGCACUGGUUUAAAGUUCAGGGGGAAAAAUUCUCGCAAAAAUCUGCAAAUUACAAGAUGUAAGAAAGCAGCACAAGAUAUGUUUCCUGUCCUGGGUUCAGACUAUAAACUCGACGAGGAAGGAGGAAACACACACGAAAAUAACCGCUUCAGAAAGAGAUCAUUUAAUAUCACAAAAUUCCUUGUCGAAGAUGAAUGUGACGUCAGUAGUUUUCAUUACGAGAUUCAUUAACUCACCAAGUGUCUAAUAAUCGUCCUUGAUGCAUCUCUGUGUGCUCCGAUUAACACAAACACCUUUUGUCUGUACAUGAACAUAUGGAUGCAGCUAAUAAUCUACACUGACAUGGUUUCUGUUAGAGAAGAUAUGAUAAAAAUUUACAUAUGAAAAUUAUGAAAAUAAAUAUAAAACGUUUGUAAGUAAACGUAGCACUAAUUUCAACAAGAGGUGUAAAGCGAUUGCAAAAGAUUUGUCUGUUAUAAAAUUUUUGUACAUAGCUGAUUGUUCUGACCACUUAAGCAAAUGUAUAUAUAUAUUUUUACUGCCGUAUUUAUACAAAAACAAAAAAAGCUUUUUAUAUUCUUCUAUGCAACUCGUUGACGGAGCGACAGGCCUGUACAUUGUAAUCAGCUCACGCGUUUGACAUUGCCCUGCCAACACGACAAACAAAUAAAUGUGUCCCACGA